AUGGGUAAUGAUGGGGGCUCGAUCCCCAAGCGUCGGGAGCUCGUAAAGAAUGCGGCUCGAACACCGACAGUAUCUGAGCUCAAAGCGAUCAUUCUCGAAUCUCUCGGUCACGCUUGGUCGCAUUGUGCGCUCAGCGAUGCGCCGCUUGAUAUGGAGACGGCAGUAUCAGACGCAUCUGGCCGACUCUACAACUAUGAGUCAGUUUUGAAGCACCUGACGGCGACAGACGAAUCGACAGACGCAGCCCCGACCUUGACAAUGAUUCGCUCUCUUCGCGACAUCGUGAGGCUCAAAGUUACGCACCGUGGCGAGAAGUAUAUAUGCCCAGUAUCGUUGAAGCAACUUGGCCCAGGCACUAGAUCAGUUUAUCUUGUGCCCUGCGGCCAUGCUUUUGCUGAAGUUGUGGUUACCGAAAUCAAGGAAGACCUCUGCCCCGAAUGCAGCGAGCCGUUUGAACGAGAAAAUGUCAUCACGAUCCUACCAACGACCGAGAAAGACAUUGAACACUUGGUCCAGAGAAUGGAAGACCUGAAAUCUAGAGGUUUGUGUCAUUCUCUCAAAAAGGACAGAUCUGAAAAGAUGAAGAAGAAGCGUAAAGGGGGCGAUAUCUCCCAAGAUGACAGGGACAAACGCGACCCGGAUAGCAUUACACCUGGAAACAAGAAAGUCAAAAAGGACGACGCUAGGAUAAGCGGUAUCAACAAUCCCCUGGCUGCCAGCCUCACGGCGCGUGUGUUGGCAGAGCAGGACGAGAAAAUUAAGCAGCGACAUCUAGCCGAGACUGGCUUGGCCAGACACUAG